UACAUAAUCGCUUUCCUUGCCAGUUAGAAUAAUAUUAUUAAAACGAGCGAGAGAGUCUAGUCUUAGGAGUAUGUUAUUUUGAAUCGGAAUAGAAAAGGAGGAGAACGGCACUGGAGUUGUAAAAGUUAGUGCUGUAAUAACUAGAAGGGGAUUGACAUACAAAGUUGUUUUGAACAGGACUUAAACCACAGUUGUCGACCUCUUAUCUGAAAAAUAUCUCUCACUGUGGUAUUUUAAACACAAGUUUACUGUCGCCGUGCAAAGGGGAAUUACAGCGUUGAUUCUUUUUGUUUGGCGAUCACCAGGGUUGUGGAUGUCUUAGUUUUAAAAGAAGUACAAAACAGAAGAGGCGAUCAUGUCAAUGCUUCCAACUUUUGGUUUUACUCAAGAGCAAGUUGCGUGCGUUUGCGAAGUGCUCCAACAGGGGGGCAACAUAGAACGCCUUGGCCGCUUUCUGUGGUCCCUACCUGCCUGCGAACACCUUCACAAGAACGAAAGCGUCCUCAAAGCCAAGGCCGUCGUGGCGUUCCACAGGGGCAAUUUCAGAGAGCUGUACAAGAUUCUGGAGAGCCACCAGUUCUCGCCACACAACCACCCCAAACUGCAGCAGCUCUGGCUCAAAGCGCACUACGUCGAGGCCGAGAAGCUCCGGGGCCGCCCUCUAGGGGCAGUGGGGAAGUACCGGGUCCGCAGAAAGUUCCCAUUGCCCCGGUCAAUCUGGGACGGCGAGGAGACCAGCUACUGCUUCAAAGAGAAGAGCCGGGGCGUUCUGAGGGAGUGGUACACCCACAACCCAUACCCGUCCCCGCGGGAGAAAAGAGAGCUAGCCGAGGCCACCGGCCUCACCACAACCCAAGUCAGCAACUGGUUCAAAAAUAGAAGACAGAGGGACCGAGCGGCAGAAGCCAAAGAAAGGUACGAAGAAAACAACGAGAAUUCAAACUCCAGCAGCCACCAUCCAUUGACUUCUUCCAUGAAUGGAAAUAAAUCAAUUUUGGGGAGCUCUGACGACGAAAAAACUCCAUCGGUGACCCCGGAUCACACAUCAUCGAGCCCUGCUUUACUGCUAACAUCGAAUUCUGGACUCCAGCCUCUGCACGGGCUGGCGCCGCCGCAGGGUCCAAGCGCGAUCCCUGUUUCCAGCGCAGACGCUAUGCAUCAUCACCAUUUACACGAUGUCAUCCUGAACCCCAUGUCGUCCAACUUGGUCGACCUUGGCUCUUAAAAACAAACAAAAAAAACCCACAGAUUUUUAUUUUCUUCUGACAUAAGUGAUGUACAAAAAAUAAAUCAUUAGCGGGUAGUUUAUCAGCAAUGGGAAGGCCUGGUGGAUAGCUGUUUUCAAGGUACUGUAUUAGAAUGUAAAGGCAAACAGCAAGGAAUGAUGUGGACAAAGUCUUCAUAAUUUGUUUUUUAAUCUUGCCGGAUUUCAGUUGAUCGAUUUAGAUGGAACCCCCUCCCCUUCCCCUCCCACCCCCUCACCUCCUUUAAAAUUCGAGCCAUGCUGUAAAGUUGCAAUCCUCAGCAAUACAAGGAGAAGCAGAAGUAGCAGUUUCUACUCUGCUGCAGCGUGUUACGAUCAACUAAAAUGGCAAUCUGUGCGUAUCUGUGUACGGGCAACGCAGCUAGUGCUGAGUGUAACACACGCUGGGUUGUCCUUUAUCUGAAGAUAAGCACAAACCGUCUGAUUUGCCCAGUAACACGCUUUGGGACCUAUCUCGGAGCGCAAAAUCACAGACUCUAUUCUACCGAUAGUCUUAAAGGAGAAAACAUGUAAAGCAAAUAACAGCGUUCUUCUCACAGCGUUUACCACCAAGUUAACACUAGUUUUGUUUUCACUAUAAAACACAUAUUCAUGUAAAAUAACUUUAAAAUAAGUAACUCGGGAGGUCUAUUUAAAAGCCCCGAUAUGUUGUUUCUUGGUAUCUGUACUAUUUAGCAGAGUAGUGCCCAGCAUAUUUAAUAAACUAUUUGGUUCCAUAAAUAGAAAUAUUUUCUCCUUUAAAAAGCUGUCAGAUAGAUUUAGAGACUGUAGACCCCCAACAGCUUACAUUAAAUAUAAACGUGCUUCCCUAUUGGGUAUCUUACCUUUGGAAUAUGGUAUAUUAUGUUUACAUACUGCAGAUUUCCAAAAGGUCGUGUCAAGUUUCUUAUGUUAAAUGUAGUCAUACUGAAAAUAUCUAUGAUAAAAACAAAUAAAAAAAAAAAAAAACAAAACAAA